UGCCGCGACGUUAGUAUGCUCUCUGAUCCCGCGGAGUGCGCACGUAGCCGCAACUUCACGCUUUAUUAUGCCACGAUCGCCCCGCAGUACUAACUGAGCUGCGGUCGGGACCCGUUAAAAUUAUGACUUUUGGACCGAUCGCCGGCGAAGAAGAUAGCAGCAGAAACCUCGUUCUAGAAGAGAAAGCCUUAAGAAUAGUGUCCAGGUACUGGGAAGUCUCCGGUGCAUCAGCCGCCGAAAGGCUCCGGUACGGGAACAAACUGCUGAGAGAACCAUUCGGACUGCUAUAAAACUUUAAAAUUUUUUGAACACAAACAAUUAGUGAUUUUUUUGAGUGCAAUACGUGAACUGUGUUUUUGUGUUUUGUUUUUUAUUUUUUUGGGGUUUUGUAUUUUUGGAUAUAAAUGAAGAUGGUGCCCCAACAAAUAUCGGAUGUGAGAUCGCUGUCGCCGACAUCGAGCGGAGUGCCGGUGUUUGGUUCACAGCUGGUGGACAAAAAUUCGUCCACACCAUACACGGAUGCUACACAGACUAAGAAGAACAAUCCAAACCACAUCAAGAGGCCAAUGAACGCGUUUAUGGUGUGGUCGCAGAUCGAGCGCAGGAAAAUAUGCGAGCAGACGCCUGACAUGCACAACGCGGAAAUCUCAAAGAACUUGGGCCGCGUGUGGAAGACCCUCAACGAUGAGGAGCGUCAGCCCUUCAUCGACGAGGCAGAGAGGCUCAGGCAGCUACACAUGCGCGAGUACCCCGACUACAAGUACAGGCCUCGCAAGAAGACCGCGAAGCCUGCCACCAGGACGGGCGCGGUCACGAAACAAAAACGCAAGCAGAAGGCGGACUCGAAUAACAACAGGGGCAUGUCGAGACGGCGAGCGCGGCCUGCGCCUACCGUCCCCAGCGUCCCCGUGGAGACACCAGCUCCUCCACCCUUGCCAGCAUCCCCUGCCGGCUCUCCCGACUCCCCUGAAUCCGCGUGUCUCUACGAAGACAGCACGCGUCGCGACCAAUCGGAUUUGACGGAUCUCUACUCCAUCACCGACCUGCUCCCUCUGCCGGCGGACUGCGAGGUGGACCUCGAAGCCCUGACGACGGACAUGGAGUCCUUCGAGACCGCGUCCUCCUCCUCCGGCUCCCACUUCGAGUUCUCCUGCACGCCCGACGUGUCGGACAUGCUCAGCGAGAUCGGCGUCCACGGAGACUGGGUGGACAACACCUUCUCCUCGUACCUAACGUCGUCUUAGAGCGGUGUUCGGGUCGCCACGGCCGCUGCCGGCCUGUUCCACUGAUCUCAUACGGUCGGCCGAGAGCCGCCACCUGGAGGCCACGCCACGCGGCGCCCGUCCGCCGCCCCGCCUAGAGAGUGCCUACAUCCAAAAUGAUGUGUCGACAUUUGGAUUCAAUGUACAAAGUUAUUUAAUAAGGGUCGAGGGAGAUAAUUAUGUUUAUUGUCCGGCCGCGAGGCCGAUUCUCCUUCAGUUCAGGUUCUUAAUUUUAGUUUUAAUAGGCGACACGCUUCAACGUUUGGAAGUGCAUCAGUUUCAAAGUAAAGGCUGUGAGUCGGUUCUUUUGUGGUGUUGCUUUAAUUGAAAAUUACUUUUUUGUAAAUUGUGGGUGUUAUCCAAACGGCACGUCUCUGACAGUAAAUAAAUCCGUCUACACUCCGUCGCCUGUUUAAUAAGUCACGGGUCAGUUAGGGAUCGGCGUUGGAUUGUUCGUCUUCGGUUUCACUCGAUCAGACAUGUAUAUAAUAAAAUCGAGGAUCUUGAAUGCCAAAUGAAGGUGAAGUUGUGUUGGGGUCUCUGUCGCUCGCCGCACCGCGUCGCGUCCGUUUCGUAUUAUUGACUUGGCUUCUAGUACGUUACAAAUAGUAAGUUUGCAAUUUCUUUGACACACCAUUUAUGUUUUGAUUCGUACUUUUAAGCGUGACCAUUUACUUUUGGACUAUUAGAUGAAAUAUGUAUUCGUAAUAGAAAAAUAAGACUAGGUUAUAGUCAUCUUGCGUUGUCUACGUAAGUUCACAUAUACUUUGAUGCACACGUAGUUGAUAGUCGACGAUUUACUUUUACUAUUUGAAGCAACUCGGUUUGCCAUGGAUAAAUUUCGGAGCGGAUUUUUCGAGAAGGUAUUCGAUGUUUGAUGGGUUGAAGAGAAUCCUUACCAUGUUUGAGUUGGAAUUGAACGAGAUACGCAUAAUCUUGCCCUUCUAUCUUCCGUCUUGAUGUAUGCGCCUCUUGUUCAUGUUAUUAUGCAUAUAAAUGUCAUGGUAGGGAUACAUAUUCAGUGUUGGAUGUCUUGCUAUAAUGUAUGUUAGGAUGAUAAAGUAAGGAUAACUGUGGUAAGGUACGGACUUAUAUGUAAAAUAUGAUGGCACCUAUGGAUCAUGCAAAGGGACACUUCAAUACUAUUUUAUUUUUCUUAACGCUAAAUUUUCAAUACAAUGUUCUAUAGAAACAUACAUAUCAAUAUGGGAAUGUGUUGUACUGUGGGACGGUGGAAAAAUAUGGAUCGGCAAACAAACGUUAGUUUUCACUAUUUCUUUGCUAUUUCAAACACUGUGAUUUACUUUACGGAUUUUCUAAAUUAUAAGAUUCUAGUGGAGACUGAUAACGCAUAGAUUAGUUUUAGCAGCGCUAGCUUCUGUAACUUUUUUAAUUUGUAAAACUGGGCAUAAUAAUUACAUUAUUGUGAAAUCAAUAAGGACCUAUUUUUGAUACUUUGCGCUGUUGUGAAAAGCGGGUUUUCGAUCUUUAAUAAUAAUUGUAAAAAUAUUUUAAAAUUAACUGAAUGUCAUGGAAAAGUAAAUAAUUAAUAUUACAGGCUUAUUCUAUUGGAAUUGGA